AUGUCAGAUAUCCCAUUUGAAGGCUUGAAAAAAUUCGCUCCAGCAAGUUUGCCCAGCACAUUGCUUUUCGCUUCGCAACCUCAUUGUGGAGCCCUCAAUAUGCCACUGGGCUAUGUCUCCACCGUGCAACGGGUGCUCGAGAUCCCAGAGAUCGUGGAACUCAUCCUCAGCUUUCUUGACCAAAAGGAGCAUGCGGCGAGUGCGUGUGUCUGCAAGCAGUGGUCGGAAAUUGCGCUCGACCAUCUGUGGCGUGACGUCGACGAUCUAUACCGACUGUUCAGUAUUUUGGCACCCCUCACUCCUACAGAGCUCACACAAUCUCUGGAAUACCAUUCAUUCAGCAGGACACUCAACGCCGACGACUGGGCGCGCUUCGCCCCGUAUGGCCGUCGGGUUCGCAAGCUGUCUUAUCGCGAAGAUGGUCCGCCCACAACGCCACAGCUAUCGUCAAAAGCCUUUGACGAGAUUGCGCGUUCGCGCACCACCCUCAGCAUCCUACCAAAUCUUCGUACUCUCGAGUGGCGGAGUGAGCGUGUGCGGCUCUCUCUCGUCUGCAUGAGCGACACUGUGAGGGAGUUCACCGCGCGGCUGUACAGUCCGGAUACCCACCCCGUGGCCGACUUCUUCAAGGACUUCGCCCAGCGCAUGCCCUACGUCACGCACCUCGAUCUGUCUUUCGACUUUCCCGUGCGCGAUAUCGAACAAAAUUUGGUCACCCUCAUUGGACACCUUCGGAAACUGCAGAAGGUCGUGCUUCCUACCUAUUGUGUUUCCCCUAAACUAGUGGAAGGUCUAUCCACCCUUCCGGAACUGGGCGUGAUCCAGUUUGAGUUCAUGGGUCAAGGGAGAGGAGACGUGGCGGACGUCCAGGACUUCGCGCCUGCCAUUCAAGAAGGUGCUUUCCCUGCUCUCUGGGACCUUUCUGUGAGCGCUCGCCUUGCCGAUGUGACUGCAUUCCUGCGCAACAGCUAUGCUCCUGCGCGUCUGACUGCAUUGUAUGUCCACGUGCUCUCCGUCUGCUCACCGCCCGUCGUCGCCGACUUCCUGCAAGCCGUUGCCGACAACUGCAAACUGCUCAAGAGCUUGUACGUUGAACUCUACAUCGCCCCGGAAUCCCUAGAUUGGGCGACUUUCCAAACUGGCGACCAGCUCACGUGGAGUGACUUGCGGCCCGUCCUCAAGUGUCCUCAUUUGACAACCUUCGAACUCCGAUGGGACCUCCCGCUCAAGAUGACCCAUACCGAUAUCGAAGACCUCGCUGCCAGCUGGCCAACGCUCGAGGUCCUCAUGCUCAACUGCGACCCCGUCCCCCUCGGCGACCUGGCGCCUUCCGAGCUAACGCUGCACGCGCUCCUCCCCUUCGCACGGCAUUGCCCCGCGCUCCGGGAGCUCGGCCUCCUCCUCUCCUCCUCUACCGCCGACAUCGCCGUCCCGUCCCUCGGCGCGUCCCCGUUCUCGCCGCCGCCGUUCCAGAACCUCCGCAAGCUCUGCGUCGGCCUCUCGCGCAUCGCAGAGCCUGGGCCCGCCGCGCUCUUCCUGAGCACCCUCUGCCCGCCCACGUGCGAGCUCGUCCCCGGGGUGAGCUGGCCAGAGGGGUUCGGCGUGCCCGAGUCCGCAGCGCUCGAUGCCUUCCAGCACGAUGCGGCGGAGUGGUAUGAGCGCUGGGCCGAGGUCGCGCGCGUCCUGCCGUUGCUCACCCGCCUGCGUAUGGAGGAGCGUGCGCGGUACGCAGCGCUGGAGCGGGAGGUGGGGGAGCUGCGCGCGAGGUGCGUGGAGCUCGAGGAACAUGCUACCACGGUUCCCGCGUACCACGCAGGGGAGCACGGAUGGUGUGUCGUGCUGUAA